GCAGCGGCGAUGCCGCGGGCGGGCGGCCUCCCAAGGGUCCCGGCCUUGGCACUGCUGGCCCUGGCGCUGGUGGGGUCCCCGGGCGGCGGGCAACACUACGACUACUACGGCUGGCAGACCGAGAGCCUGCCCCACGGGCGCUACUACGGGCGGGAGCCGCAGUGCCUCGACAUCCCGCCCGACAUGCAGCUCUGCCGCGACGUGGGCUACAAGCGCAUGCGGCUGCCCAACCUGCUGGAGCAUGAAACCAUGGCCGAGGUCAAGCAGCAGGCCAGCAGCUGGGUGCCUCUGCUCGCCAAACAGUGCCACACCGACACACAGCUCUUCCUCUGCUCCCUCUUCGCCCCCGUCUGCCUCGACCGGCCCGUCUACCCCUGCCGCUCUCUCUGCGAGGUGGUGCGUGACUCCUGCGCCCCUGUCAUGGAGUCCUACGGCUUCCCCUGGCCCGAGAUGCUGCACUGCAGCAAGUUCCCCUCCGACCACGAACUCUGCAUCGCCGUCCAGUUUGGAAACAGCAAGGCCACCCCACCACCAGUAUCGAAGAUCUGCACCCAGUGCGAGAUGGAGCACAAGGCAGAUGGCAUGAUGGAGCAGAUGUGCUCAAGUGACUUUGUGGUGAAAAUGCGCAUCAAGGAGAUGACAGAGGAGAAUGGGGAGCGGCGGCUGGUGGCUGCCCAGAAGAAGAAGGUGCUGAAACUGGGCCCACUCAAGCGCAAGGACACCAAAAAGAUGGUCCUGCACAUGAGGAACGUGGGUGCCUGCCCUUGCCCCCAGCUUGACAGCCUCAGCGGUAGCUUCCUGGUGAUGGGUCGCAAGGUGGGCGGCCGCUUGCUCCUCCUUGCUGUCUACCCCUGGCAGAAGCACAACAAGGAGAUGAAGUUUGCAGUGAAGUUCAUGUUCUCCUACCCCUGUCCUCUCUAUCAUCCCCUGCUCUAUGGGGCUGGGCAGCACUAGAGCUCUGUCUGUCCUGCCAUGGGACUCCUGCACUGUCCUGAUACUGCAUUCGUGGUUGCACCCCAGGACUUCAGCUUUGUUUUUCUCGGUCCCUUGACCAUAUCCCAGGACCCCUAGGAUUCCCAGCUGCAUUUGUGGAAGCCUUGGUCUACAGCCAGGACCCUUGCCCCACCCUGAGAGCCCUGCUUUGCACCUCUGCAACCCCUAUUCUGCUCCCAGGACCCCUGCCCACCCCCCAGAAGUUUAGAUUGCACCCAGGACCCUUGCUCUGCAUGCUUGUGAACCCUGCUCUGCACCAGAGACCCUUGGCUACCAGAGACCAAGGCCUCUGACCAGCACCCCAGGGACACUUGCCUGGACUUAGAAUUCUUGCUUGGCCCUCUUGGAUCCCUUCUGCUGCAGCUCUGCUACCCUGCAUCGCUGCUCAGCUCCCCAGUAACAUCCUUAACCCCUCCAAAUCCCUCUGCCAGCCCACUAAAACAUCUCAUGUCCUCACCUUGAGCUCACAUGCCAGCCUGGGAUUGCCCCACCUUUGUAGGGACCCACCCCAGCCAAAGCACAUCUCUCCUGCCCUGCUGUCCCCACAGACUGGCCUCCUCCAGACCAAGUGCCCAGAGCAGCACAGCCCCUGCUUGGGCUCUCCCACCCUUCCCAUCCCACAUGGCUCAGUGAGGGAUCACCUCCAAACCCCCUUGACUAGCCCAGCUGCGUCCCUCACACCCCACCAAGACCCAGCCCAGGCAUCCCUUCUCCAUCCACACUGCAGUAAAUUAUGUUGCCUCAGAGAAGCCUG